GCGGGUCACGUGCGGCCGGCCGCCCGGGGUCACGUGACGGGGCGCCGGGGCGGAGGGAGUCGCGGCCGGGAGUUCUGCUGAGGGAAGCCGAGUGAAGUGGGGGGGACGCGGCGGCGACGGCGGCGGCGGCGGCGGCGGCGCUGACCAUGAGUUUUCUUGGAGGUUUCUUUGGUCCCAUUUGUGAGAUUGAUGUUGUCCUUAAUGAUGGGGAGACCAGGAAAAUGGCAGAAAUGAAAACCGAAGAUGGAAAAGUGGAAAAACACUAUCUUUUUUAUGAUGGGGAAUCUGUUUCAGGAAAGGUAAACCUAGCCUUUAAGCAACCUGGAAAGAGGCUAGAGCACCAAGGAAUUAGAAUUGAAUUUGUAGGUCAAAUUGAGCUUUUCAAUGACAAGAGUAAUACUCAUGAAUUUGUAAACCUAGUGAAAGAGCUAGCCUUACCAGGAGAACUGACUCAGAGCAGAAGUUAUGAUUUUGAAUUUAUGCAAGUUGAAAAACCAUAUGAAUCCUACAUCGGCGCUAAUGUUCGUUUGAGGUAUUUUCUUAAAGUGACAAUAGUAAGGAGACUUACAGACUUGGUAAAAGAAUAUGAUCUUAUUGUUCAUCAGCUUGCCACCUAUCCUGAUGUUAACAACUCUAUUAAGAUGGAAGUGGGCAUUGAAGAUUGUCUACACAUAGAAUUUGAAUAUAAUAAAUCAAAGUAUCAUUUAAAGGAUGUGAUCGUCGGAAAAAUUUAC